AUGCCUUCGAGCCGUCGCCAGAGCUCCGUGGAGCCUGACGCUCUUGUCAAGCACCAGCAUUCCUUCUCGUCGGACUCCAGCAGGAUGUCCAUCCCCAUGUGGGACAGCUCAGACCCGGAACGUGCUCCUCCUCCACUGCCUUUGAACCCUGGGUCUCCCCUGCUCGCCCGCCCGAACACAUCGGCCGCCAUCGCAAAUGCUGCGAAGGCGCUUGAAGAAAAGGCCCGUGAAAAUGCGCCCAACUACACCACCAACCCCAUGCCUCCCAAGAACUCGUCGCCCGACAGGGCCCUCAUCAAAGGUGCUGCACAUAAGCGGAUGCAGUCAUUCCAGGACGCAAAUCUCCGUGACUUCAGAAGUAUACUCAGCCCCAGCCGCUCGCCAGAGAAGUCGCCAGAGAGGCCUAGCAGCAGACAUGGUGCUUCUUCCGCCGUCCCCGAACACGUAAACUCUCCUCCCGGAUCCCCGGAUAAGACGCCUUCCAGCACACCUACACCCACGCAACGCGAGCUCAUGCGGGACACGCCGCCGCUGCGGACGGGCAACAGGUCGCACCCCAAGGCAAUACUGGGCGAGAACACGCCGCCGUCGGCGACCUACAUGGCGCUCCAGUCGAUGCCUCUACGAGACUUUGAAUCCCCUCUGCACGAUGCCACCAACACUUCAAAUUCCACCCCUCGCGCGAAGCCGCAGGACGCGGAUGUCAUCUCCAUCCAAAUCAAGGAAAUCGCUACAAUAGCAUCCAACUUGCAGCGUGAGAUGGCACAGCUGAGUCGGCGCAGCAAAGACAACGCGACGGACCUCAUCAGCCUGAAGGAAGCGACGAACGCGCGUGACGAGGACAUCAGAAAGAGCUUGAAGGAGCUUGUAAGCAACAUCAACGGCUCCGCCCUGUUCGCCCCGCCCCCACCCAUUCCCGGAUUGCACACGAGGUCCAACAGCUUCGGUGGCAUGAGCGCCGUGCCCGGCACUCCCGAUGCGUCGGACAAGCACGGUUUCCGUCUUCCCCGCAUGGCGUCGCCCUUUGUAGAUGAGAGGAUAGGAAGCCCGAACCCGUACUCGAUUGAGGGAGCUGCGAGCGUGGCGAUGCUCGAGAAGAUUGUGCGGGAAAUGGUCACCAAGGAGGGCCAGGAGCGUCUGAUCAACACUCUCAACGGCCUCUUUGAGAAAUCGAAUCAAGAGUCCAACGAGACUUCCAAAAAGGUUGGCGAGCUAGUGGAGUUCAUCAAGCAGGGUUCGGAGAGCCGCGCGCUCACUCUCAUGGACGUACCGUCCGAGAGGCAGCGUGCAGCAAGUCCUGAGAGCCAGGUGGCUAGGGCUACUCGCGACAUCAACGCAGCGUUCGGCAUUUCGAACGAUGCGAACACCUCGAAACCUUACUCCAGCCCCAAGGCCGCCGAUUUCGUCAGUGCUGACAUGCUGAAGCUCUUGAGGAAGAUCAAGGAUAGCGUGCAGGAAUCGGGCGGCAUCACAUCGGAGACGAAGGCUUUGGUGAGAGAUCUGCGGGGCGAGGUGCUCGGCAUGGGCCGUGAGCUCGGGCGCAAGAUUGAUGAAGUCACACCGAACAGCAGCGGUGCGCUGGCUUUGGAGGAUGGCGCCGAGAAGGAGGACAUCUCACGCAUCGUGCAAGAGGGCCUCGCCGAACUCAAGGAGCACAUGGACUACGUUAUGAGGUCGAGAAGACGAGGAUCCGGCGCGUCAAUGGCCUCAGUCGACAACCAAGAGGUGUAUGCCGUCGUUAAGCACGCUCUCGCCGAGCAGGGCCUCGACCACCCUGCUCAACCUUCCAGCCAGCCGCUCGACAAGGAAGCCAUUCUCGAGGCGGUCAAGGAAGCUUACGAAGCUUACAAACCCGAAAUUGAGCUGCAGCAAUUCGGUCUCGAGCGCGACGAAAUCCUCGAGUGCCUUCGGGAAGGUCUUACUCAGUAUCGCUCUUCCGCUUCUGCCCCGGAGUCGCUUAGCCGUGACGAGGUGAUGGACGCUGUCAUGGAGGCAUUGACCCACGUCGAAUUCCCGCAACCUCCCAGCAACGCGCACGAAAUCCGUGAGGAAGUCAUUUCCGCCGUGCGUGAGUGUCUGGACGAGAUCAGGCCGUCGAUGCAGGUCGCCGUGCCUCCCAGCCAUCCGGAUCCCGAGCUCACCCGUGGCAUCAUCUUGGAGGCAGUUCGGGAUGGCUUUGAAACUCACGGAGGGUCCGCCGCGCGCGAGCUUGAAAUCUCUAGAGAUGACUUGUUCGAUGCCGUCAAAGCAGGUCUCGACGGCGCUCCUCGCGAGCUCGAGAUCUCCCGUGAAGACCUCUUCGAGGCCGUCAAGGCCGGUCUCGAGGGCACCCAGACCCCUCUUGGCAACUAUGGUGAGCAGGUCAUGAACAGGCUGCAGGGACUGGUCGAGGAUAUGCGAACGGAAUUCAAGGCGUACUCCUCGGCCAACGGCCGCGACACCGAACAGGUCCUCGACGCUCUCAAGGACGGCUUGGAGAGGUUGCGUGCGGAGGUCGAGACUUACGUGGAUCGCGCUCAGGACGUCACCGGCAAGGAUGAAAUCAUCGACUCCCUCCGCGGCGGAUUGGAGACCCUUCGCGCUGACGUGCAGGGCUACGUGGCUGCUGGUCCCCAAGGCGACCAGGCCAUCAACCGCGCUGAGAUGCUAGACUACAUCCGAUCCGAGUUUGAGCAUCUGCACGAGUCCUUGACGAGCCAGAUCGUGCCCGCUGCGAGCGGUGACAAGGCCGAGCUCCUGCAAACCUUGAACGAAGGAUUUGACGGUCUCAAGACGUACAUGCAGAAGCGCGACGAUGAGGACACCAUCAAGGAAGAGAUGGAAGAGGCCAUGAAGGUCGAGUUCGACCAGCUUCGCGAGGCCGUCAUCCAUGGAAGUGCUUCCCACCGCGACGAAAUUCUCGACACAAUCCACGCCAGCCUUGAAAAUCUCCACGUGAAGAUGGAAGCGAGAGACGAGGCGAUCGGAGCGCCUCAAUCGAGCGAAGAGGUCGUCAAGACAAUGAAGGAGGAGUUUGAGUACCUUCGGGAGAUUCUGGCAACGACGUUGGUCAAGUCAGGCGCUGAUGACAGCAAGGACGACAUCAUCGAAGCUGUCCGCGAGAACAUGGAUACGCUCCGAGCCCAGCUGGCGAAUGACCAAGGCGAGGCUUCCAAGGAGACCCUCGGCGCCAUCAAGGAAGAGCUCGAGCACCUCCGCGAGACUUUGGGUGGCAGCCUGGUGAAGAGCGGCGGCGCGUCGGAGGAUAAAGAGGAGAUUUUGGAAGCGCUUCGUGUUGGCCUCGAAGGCAUCAAGGAGGCGCAAGCCGAGAACCCCGGCCACGGCCUCAGUGAAGAAGCUCUUCAAGCGCUUUGCGACCAACUCGAGAACCUCCGCAAGAGCCUCCUCAGCAACGUCGCGUCUCGCGCCGACACUGAAGAGAUUCUGGAGACGGUCCGCCUGGGCUUGGAUGACCUUCGCUCCGACCUCUCCAAGAAGAUCGACAACCCGGAGCGCCAGAUGUCCGCUACUGGUGAGAUCCUUGACGCAAUCAACGACGGAGUCGAGAGCUUGCGCACCGACAUCAAAGCCGUCACCGGCGCUGGCGCGGCCAUUGACAUGUCUGUCAACUACGAGAUCCUCGAGACGCUCAAGGAGGGCAUUCAGUCUAUCAGCACCGAGAUCACUAGACUCAAGGGUGACAAGCAGGCCACCGUCGAGGAUGACAUUUCGGCCGUCGGCAACGAGGUUGUCCUGGCCGACGAUCCCGAUAAGGCUCUCUCCCGUGACGCACCCGAGGAGGAGGCCGAGACAGAAAUGGGCCUCAAGCGCGAUGACUUGAAGGAGCUCGAGGUCCUGAUGACUCAGCUGCAAAUCAAGGUUGAGGCGAUGGACUCCAACAUUCAGAACAUCCCGGCCCCCGCGCCUCCCAACGAGGCCGCUCCAGGUGUCGCCAUGAAGGAAGACCUAGAUGGUAUCGCUCACAAGGUGGACUUGGACGGCGUCGCCCACAAGGACGACCUUGCAGGCAUCGCUCUGAAGGAGGACUUGGUCAACGUCGAGGAGCUUUUGAAGGACGUGCAGGCAGCCGUUACCGUUCUCUCCGAAGACAAGCGCAGGGACACUGAGAUAGUGGAGGGCUUGGCCAGGAAGGAGGAUACUGACGCCAUCGAGACUCUCCUCCAGAACACCAAGGCCAAGCUUGACGAGAUCGUCCUACCGGACCCCGAGACUGCGGUCAAGAAAGAGCACUUGGACGUCGUCGAAGCCGCGGUUUUGGUCACCAACGAGGCCAUCGACAAGCUCACCGCCAAGAUUGAAGGCGAGGACGUCGCUUCGAAGGGUGAUGUUGCCGUCGUCGAGGUGCUCGUCGCGGAUCUGAAGACGGCGCUGGAUGAACUCAAGAACGCCAAGCCUUCUGAGGAGGAAGAGGCCAAGAAGGUGACCAGAGAGGACACCGACGCCCUUGCGGUCCUAGUCACCGAGGUCAAGGAAAGGCUGGCGAUAAUGCCGGAGUCGGAGGCCGUUCCUUCCAAGGCCGACAUCGAGCAAGUUGUCGGCUUGAUCCAUGACUUCCGCGACAGCCACGACAAGAUGAAGGAGAGCUACGAGAGUGACAUCGGAGUCACCGCCAAGGCCUUCGAUGACCGCAAGAACGAGGCGGACACCAUCAUCACCAAGGUCGGCGAAGUCAAGGAAUUCCUCGACGCCGUCAAGGAGGAGCUCAAGGCUAAGCUCCAGGAGGGCGGCGAGGGUGUCGAAGGUGUCAAGGAGACCAUCAAGACUCUCGAUGAGACCAUCAACACCAACCUCAAUGUCACGGCGGAUGUCAAGGAACUGAUGGAGACCAUCAACCGCGAGUUCGAGCGUGCGCACGGUUCCAUCGAGGGACUCAAGACCGACGCCGAGGAAAAGUCCACGGCUGCUCUCGAGAAGCACGACGCGGUCAAGGAUGCGGUCAUCGCUGGCUUGAUCGAGAAGCUCGACGAGAAGUUUGCCGAGAUGACGUCCAAGUAUGAUGACAUGCUCGUACUCGCCGAAGCUUCCGCUCAGAAGAUGGACGAGAAGACGACCGCCCAAGAGGAGCUCAUGACUGGCACCAAGACCGUCUCGGAGGAGAUCAAGGCUACUAUCGAUACCAUCAGCACUACCAUCACCGGCAUGAACACGGCCUUCACCGAGACCACGGAGAAGCUGACUGGUGACUCGGCCGUCGUCAUCACGAAGAUUGACGACGCUACGGCCAAGAUGGACGAGAAGCACGAUGACAACAAGGUCGAGCAUCAGCUGACCCGCGACGAAGUUGCCAAGGCCAUUACCGCCCUCACCGUCAUGCAGGACGACCUCACGGAGAACCACCCCAAGUUCAUGAUGACCCUUCAAGAAGUCCUCGCUCUUGUCAACCAGCACUACGAGCAAUCCAAGGCCACCGAAGAGGCUGCAAAGGCCGCUCAAGAAGAGUCCAAGGCAGCUGCCGAGGCAGCGGCUCUGGAGGCGAGAAGCCGCGCGGAGGAGUUCAGGGAGAGCUUCUUCUCUGGACUUCCCGCCCUCCUUCCUCCUCCACCGGAGCCGGCCGAGAAGUACGAUGACUCUCAGGUCAAGGAGAAGCUCGACCAGCUGUUGGGCCACGCCACUGAUGCCGAGAAGUCCGCCGCCCAGCUCGAACGCCUCGACGAGAUUCACAAGCAGGUAAUGACCACGGCAGCCGAAGUCACUGAGUUCGUCCAGUUCCAGACCAGGCUCAUCACUGAGGGUCAAGAGAACAAGGAGAAGGAGGCGGAAGAAGCCGCCAUCCUGCUCGAGCGUCGCCUCGUCCAGAAGGAGCACAUUGAGAACGACAUCCUCAACCUCAAUGACGAGAAGGACACUCUGCGCCAGCAGGUUGAGACCCUCCGCCACGAAAAGGAGAUGCUCACGUCGCAGAAGAUGCGUCUGCACGCGGACGUGUCUGCCCUCGAGAUGGCUCUCAACAUCCGCCGCGAGGAGCUCCAGAACAUGGAGCACAAGGCCGACGCUCUGGAGCGUCGCAUCCUCAACGGAAUCAUGGACCACUCUCGUGCUCUGCUCCUCCAAAAGGGAAUCAGGGCUCCCAAGGUCUCCCGCGCUCCCAGCACCGCUUCUCCGGACGCCUCCUCCGUGCCGCUCCCCAGCUCUGUUGCCAAGGGCGUGAACAUGGCCCUGGGCGCUCGUACGCCUGUCAAGCGCAGCUCCGCUGCUCAGGCGAACCCGAACGCUCGCCGCAUCCUGUCACUCAGUCAGAUCAGCGGCAACACGCCGACGGGUGCGCAAGGCUUCACCGGUGCUCCCAACACGGGUCUCAAGCGCAGCCACUCUGUCAAGACCAACUAUGGCUACCGCAAGCCGUCUUGGGGCUCCAAGCGCGCCGUUUCCGACGCCAACAAGGAGAACGACAUCCUGAGCGAGGAGUCGGAGGCGGAGCUCGACGAGAUCAGCGAUGCUGGCACCGAGCGCCACCACAGCAUCCUCAGCGGCGCUGGCACUGGUGAGGAGUUUGCCUCGACCUACGACGAUGCCGGCUCCGAAGCGGGCUCUGAAUACACGUACGGCACCGGCUCUUACCUGACUGGCACGGCCAGCCACGCCGGCCGCCGCACGAGCAUUGGCACCAUGGGCAACGGCACGGCUAUCAUUCACGAACACGACGUCUCGGAUGAGGAUGGCGAGAGCCAGUACAGCGACGCCGCCGAGGAUGAUGAGGGCGAAGCCACUGAGAUCCCGCACGAUGACGACUCCGUUUCCGGCACCUCGGUCGUCUCCGCCAACGCCAGCGAGGGCUCGGUCUAUAGCGAGGCUCACAGUGCUAGUGAGGCACCUGCCAGUGAAGUGGCUCACAGUGAAGCUCCGGCUGCCAGUGAGGUCCCGGAUGUCAAGGAGGCUCCGAACGCCAGCGAAGCUCCUACUGCCAGCGAAGUCACGACUGCCAGCGAAGCACCGACCGCUAGUGAAGCCCCGACUGCCAGCGAAGCUCCUACUGCCAGCGAAGCCCCGACUGCCAGCGAGGCAACGACCGGCAGCGAGGCCCCGACCAGGAUCGACGAGCAGCAGCAGAGCGAUCUUGUCUCCGACGCUGGCACCAAGGACGUGGAGCCCCCGACCACCGAGAUCGACGCCACGCCUCCGACGCCCUCGGAGCUGAAAGAACCGGCAGACACUGUACCGCCGCUGCAACCCCCUGCUACCAAGGAAAUCUUCGGCCCGGGUACGCCUAACGAUAGCGCUCUGGGAUCCGAUCUCCCAACGGCGCAGCUGGAGGGAAGGGAGGGUGCGGAUUACUUCCGGCGCAUAGCUGAGGAGGAAGCCAGCAUGGUCAGCUCUGCUUUACAGUGA